UCCUUCCCCACCGGAACAGCCACCUCCAGUCCAGGCGUCCCCACCAUCUCCCGUCCAGGCGUCCCCACCAUCUCCCGUCCAGGCGUCCCCACCACCUCCCGUCCAGGCGUCCCCACCACCUCCAGUCCAGGUGUCCCCACCAUCUCCCGUCCAGGCGUCCCCACCACCUCCCGUCCAGGCGUCCCCACCAUCUCCCGUCCAGGCGUCCCCACCAUCUCCAGUCCAGGCGUCCCC